AAAGACGAGAACAUUUGGCUCCACUUAGGGAGUAUAGUUGGCAGCCUACAGACUCGCAGCCUGCGUUUUUUAAAGUAAGAAAAUAAUCAGAGUGGAAGUAAGAAAAAUCCAUGGGAAGGCAGCAGAAGGGGUUUAGGUGAAACACUGUUUGAAGAGUGCACAAAGAUGGAUGGAGAGGCUGCUACUGUAUAAACAGAGCACCUUAGCAAAGGGUGGGGGAUAGGAACUGACUGUAUGAUAGAAGUAAGGUGCAAGAAGAGACAUAAUCCUGGAUUGGUCAGAAUGCAGAUCAUUGUAAGGGAGACAAACUCAGACCAAGGGAGAAGAGAGAAGUGAAUAUAGGGAGUAUGCAGAACAUUCCCCUAACAAGCUGACUGAGACAAGGUAUCAGGUUAGUCUCUGCCAAGUGGAUCAUCGCCUGUCACAGACUUCUGAUUAAAAAAUAUGGAUGGCACUGAAGAUAUUGAGCUUCAGAGGAAAAGGUACAUCUGGGCAUGUCUUGCUAUUUUUACUGGAACAGUGCUGCUAGCUGGAGUUUUCACAGUCUCUAAUGCUGUGCCCUUGGAGACAAAGGUAGACUUUGUUGUGGCUCCAACCCCGGCUCUUCAACUCCCUCGUCACCUGAGAAACAAGCGUUACACAUUGACUCCCGGUCUUCUCAAAUGGGACCACUACAACCUGACAUACAGGAUUGUUUCAUUUCCAAGGAAUCUUAUCAAUGAAAGUGACACGAGGAAGGGGAUGGCCCAGGCUUUCCAGAUGUGGAGUGACGUGUCACCCUUUCACUUCAAGGAAGUCCCUGCAGACCAACAAAGUGACCUAGAAAUUGGAUUCUAUGGUAUCAAUCAUACAGACUGCUUGGAAUCCUAUAUACAUUAUUGCUUUGAUGGCACAACGGGAGAGUUGGCACACGCAUACUUCCCAAAAACCGGAGAAAUACAUUUUGAUGACAGUGAAUAUUGGAUUUUGGGUAACACAUGGUUCAGUUGGAAGAAAGGAGUGUGGCUCACAGACUUGGUUCACGUGGCAGCCCAUGAGAUUGGACAUGCAUUGGGACUGAUGCAUUCCCUCAAUUCUAAUGCCUUGAUGCACAUCAAUGCCACUCUGACGGGGAAAAAACUGAUCUCACAGGACGAUAUAUGGGGAAUCUUCAGUCUUUACGGCUGCAAGGAUAAAUAUUUAGUGUGCGCCUCCUGGGCCCACAAGGGCUACUGUGACUCUAGAAGGAGACUUAUGAAGAAGCAUUGUCCUUACAGCUGUGACUUCUGUUAUGACUUCCCGUUUCCAACUAAACUGCCUACACCUCCACCUCCUAGAACGAAAGUCCGAUUGGUUCCAGAAGGCAGAAAUGUUACUUUACGAUGUGGGAAAAAGAUUAUGCAUAAAAAAGGCAAAGUUUACUGGUACAAAGACAAAGAGCUGCUGGAGUACUCUUACUCUGGUUACCUUAGCCUCAAUGACGACCACAUGAGUAUUAUCGCCAACGCCAUUAAUGAGGGACUUUACACCUGCAUAGUAAAGAAGAGGGAUCGGAUUCUCACAACUUACUCAUGGAACAUCCGGUUGCAAAUGUGAGAGCUCUGAUCGCAGAGCAGAGACAGCCGCAUAAACAGAACUGCCAUCUGACAUGGGAAUAUAUGAAAAUCUAGAUUACGACUACAAUGGUUAGCCAUUCAACCAAGUCAACGUUGAUUGUACGUUUUCAUUAUUGCAUUGCAACUGGCAACACCGUAUACGGAUCAGAGACUAAGUUCUUAAUGAAGGGAAUUUAAGGGUGGCCCAAAGCCCCUUAUUGGGGGAGGGGCAUUUUUAAUAAGGAAUUGUUAUGCAACUGUAUUGUGACUUAGGGGUAACCCAUCUCAGAUACGGAGAUUCCUACAACAGGGAUCCGGCUUGCAUUAGACUUUGCAGUGGUAUUCCAAGCCUAUAGCUGUAGUAUAAAGCAUGAUAAUAAAGUCUACCUAUCUAAAACAAGAAAUACAUACAGUUUACCCUGUCUAUGACCAUUAGCGAUGCCAUUCAUGCAAACCAAUGGCUUGAGCAACAGGACAAUGAUAUGAGGCUUAAACUGUUCACAAUGGACGGUAUAUAAUAGUGCUAAUGAGUAUCACUGUGAGAAAAAAAGAGGAAAGAACAGCUGAAAAGUAAGAGAUAGAAUAAGUAGAACAUGUGGGAUAAAAUAGCCACCCAUGGUCUAUAAAGCUGAAAUCAUAACUGAUGCAAUUUUUUGGAAGUCAAUCAAAGCUGAAGUCAUUGGUGGUGGUGCCCGUCGAGGCAUCAUCAAUUGAUGACACUAUCCCUGAAGAGGUCAUAUUCAUUUUAAAAUAUUAACUUUAUUCUUUUAAACUGAAACUGGAGUUAUUUGUAUGAGAUAACCAAUACCCAAACAUGGUUUAUGAUCAGGAAAAAAUAAAGAGAUUGCUAAAACAGAGUUUAGGACAAAUGUGAAAAAAUUCGGGCACCACCCAUAUAAUAUUCUAAAAUAGAAAAACGUACAGUACUGUUUCUACAUUUUUUAAUCAUAUCUAGCUGAAUCAGGAUCCCCAUUAUUUUACAUGAAUCUUUCCAUAACAUAGCGUUCCCCCAGAGGUAUCCUAUGUCCCUCUAGCUAUUAACAGGCCAAAGUCGGACAAUUCCAUGUUCAGUGCUUUUUACUGUAUGCAUUGUUAAUAGAGAUCAUUUAGAUAGCUGGUUCUAUCAAAACGGACUGCAAUUUGCCAUUGUAUAGCUGCUAUAUUAUAUAAGGAAAGGGUCCCUUUAAGUGGCAGAACUAACCAUAUAUCUGUAUAAAGCAAAGAACAGGCAAAUAGCAGACACUAAAAUAACAAUUAUACGGUUGAUGGAUUGUAUGUAAUAGAUAAAAAACUGCACAAAAUG